AUGUCAAGUCAUACAAAUAAUGGUAUUCAAACUCGACUACAAUGGAUCGAUGAACUUACUGAACUAAAAGAUCAGGCCACUCUAUCUUUGAAAUUAGAUAGUGUCUUACAGUCCAUUAAUAAUCAUCUUUAUAUAUCGGAUAAUAACCAAACAGCAACGAUAUCAACAAUAACAACAACAACAACUGAUAAUUCAUUGACAAUAGAAGAUAAAGAUGCAUUAAAUAACAAUAAUGAUAAUGAUAAUAAAUUUAUAUCACCAAAUGAUUUAGAUAUGUUGGAUUUUAAUGAGAAUGAAGAUAAUAAUAGUAAUAAUGGUGAUAGUAAUAAUAUCAAUAUAAAUGUUAAACAAUUAAUAGAUAGUAUAACAAAUAGAUAUAAUGAUUUAAUAUCAAGAAUAAAAAUCAAUGAUAAUAGUAAUAAUAAUAAUAACAGUAGUUGUUUAAUUCAAAUUCAUUAUAUUAUUACGAUAUUAGAGAUAAUAAAUUCAUUAAAUAAACUAUUAAUACAAUAUAAUGAAAUACUUUCAUUUAAUAAUCAAAAACUUGUAAAGUUGGCAUUGGACAUUGUCAUAUGUUGGGGUGUAUCUCCAAUGUUGGUACCUGGUAUUGGUAUUCCCAUAAGUAAAAGAGUUGGUUUAGUCAAUGAGCAACUAUUUGUUAUGAAUGAAGAACAAACUAGAUUCUAUAGUUGGAAUAAUCAUUCAAUGUUUAUAUCUUACUAUUUGUUGGAUGUGGUGAGGAAUAUCAUUGCUCUAAGGGAUAAUCUCGAUUUGAAUUCCAUCAUUAUCUCUAGGUAUCUUUCGGAUCUGUUUGCUUCACUUCUCCAAUUGAUAAAUCUCUCGAAUCGACCUGGCAAUUCAUCACUUACCGAUGCCGACAAGCAGUAUUGUGGACAGCAGAUAGAUAAGAUGUUGUUCGGUAUCUAUCCAGAGUUGAUAUUUGAAUCGUUAACGAUGUUGUUGUCACCUGUACAAUCAACAGGAAUGACACCGACACCAACAUGGUUUACCAAGUGUGUUAGUUUGAUGUUGUCAAAGUGUUUGACUCGUCCACAGUCGUUGAAGAUCGUUCUCGACACGGUGUUGACACCGCAGCCAGGAAAGGAUAUGACCAACUCGAUCAACUCGAUCGUCAGACUGGUCAGUUUGAUUCCUUCGAAUAUGUCGGUCGACGACUACCUCCAAAAGAUAGCACCGCAACUUCUCGAUAUCUUGCAUCUCAAAGACCGUCACGACAAAGAGAGAAUCAUCGAGGCAACCGUAAUGAUAAUCGAUCGUCUCAUUCAACUAUAUCCACAACCAACAUCUAAAUACAUAUUACAAUCAAUCAUUCACCCACUCAUACAAUUCAAAUCUACAACAAACAAACAACAACAAGAAGAAGAAGAAUCAAAUAAUAAUAUUAUAAUCAAAGAAAUAGAUAUAUUCUAUUGUAUAGAAGACAUUCACAAGUUAUUAACAAAACUAUCUUUAAAUCAAUUUCUAUUAUCAUUUUUAACACCAUAUAUACCUAUUUUAUUUCAAUUACAUUGUUUCCUUUCAAAAUCGAUAUCAUCAUUGAAGGUAUCUUGUAAAGAGAUAUUGUCAACUUACUUUAAAUUCUACAGUCAUUCAGUUUUAGAGUUGAAGCGUUUGAUAUUGCCUGUUGUUGUUAGUAAUAAAGAUGAAAGUAGUACUGGAAGUUCGAAAGUGGAUGAAGGAAAAGAUGGAAAUAGAAAAGCAGAUCGUUCAUUGUUGGAUUUAGAGGAUAAACUUGCAGAUAGUAGUUUGGAUGAUGACAAUGAGACAACGAUUUGUUUGUCAUUUGCAAUGGGAGAGAAUGGAGGUGUCGUUGCUAAAUACAUUGCUUACUACGACAGAGAUUUCAAUUGGGAAGCAGAGUGUCUUGUAGGUAUACUGCAACUGAUGAAAAGCGAUCGGUUAGCUGGAGAUCUCUUUGUUGACUUGCUCAACGAGUAUUCAUUGGUGGAGCUAAACGUUAAGAAGCGACACUCCAAACAGUACUUUGUGUUGAUGCAAUUCCUUGUUAUUGUUAGUGAGUCGUUGGGUGCCGCUGCCAUAAAGAACGUAGUGCAAGUAACAACUCUGAUUCGUGUGAUGUUGCAACGUUCACUUGACAAGUUUGCAAAGACUGUUAGUAGUGGCAAUGGUAGUGGUAGCGAUCAAGUAGACGAUGAAGAUGUUGAAUCUAUCACUCUUUCACUUGGAAUAUUGUCAUCUCUCCUCACUGGCGAUAUCAAAGUGAAGAAGGAAGAGGAGAUCUUAGUGUUUGACCUGUUGACUCCACUCGAACAACUAAUGUCCUAUCCAAACGAGAUAAUCUCGACGAUGGCAUCACAAUUGAAAACAAUAAUCACAGCAAAACAACCUAUUUGGCUUGAUAACAAUAACAAUAACAAUAACAAUGAUAAUGGUAAUAAUGUUGAAGAUGUCAAAUCAAAACUUAAAGAAAUUUUAGAAGAUCUUUCCCAUCCUCUUUUACCAAUAAGAGCACAUGGUUUAAUAGAACUUAGAAAGUUGGUUCUCCAAUCCAAACAAUCUGAACUCAUUCACAAGAAUCUGGAGAAUAUCAUUGAGAUUUUCAAGACUCAAAUCAAUGAUGAUGAUACAUUUAUAUAUUCUUGUGCUAUCAACGGUUUAACUGCACUCGGUGAUAUCUACCCAGUGAAGAUCAUUCCAAUUCUAACCGCUCAAUUUAACAAUCAAUCGUACAAAGAGGAGAGGAGAAUGAAAAUCGGUGAAUCUUUGGUGCAGAUCUCUCAGCGAUGUGGUGAUGUAUUGCCACACUAUGCAGGCCAGCUUUUCCAUUGUUUCUUUUUGGGGUGUAACGACCAUAGUGUUGGCGUGCGUGCUAGUAGUCUUUCUAAUCUGGCGACACUCUCAGAGCUAUUGAAAUACUCGAUCGAUAGCUAUCUGGUGGAGUUGCUACACUGCAUCGAGAGUCUGCUACUACUACUCAAAGGUGUCGGUCUAGAUGCUUUCCAACUGAUACCGACCGAGCUGAGAACACUCUACAACCGACUCAAAACAUUGGAAUCUACAGAUACCGAUACCAUCUGCAAGUAUCACGCAAGAAAUGCAUUAGCAGAAUUAGAUACAAUAACAAGACAAUUUAUAUUUCCAAAUAAUUAA